CUCUCAGUCGCGAUCUGUCACCAGCACAUUGUCCGUGACGCCGCCGCUAAUCAUGGCGUUCACUAUCCUCUCCAUGGCCAACGACGACGACACCCGCAAAGACAUCGUCUUCAAGGGAAAGUCCAGCAGGUUCUGGCCGCACCUUCCCCCGGAAAUUAUAUGCUUGAUCGCCACAUUCCAUCUGCUCAAUACCACGGCGACAGCAUCGUCUCCAGCAUCAUGGAACAUCAUUCAGCUGUGGCCGUCUCGCUUGGCUUUCAACAUGUUUCGCGAAUCGCUCGAAAUGGAGAAGCUGAUGUGGAUUUGUCCACAAUGGGCGCUAGCGCUUGAAAACCAUCUCUUCUGGCAGCAAGCAUGUAACGUGAUUGACCCACUCGACUGGUUAAUCCAUCACUCGUUUGUGCGCUCGCCGACGGGCGGUUCCACAGCUACGGCCUACGUCCGCGUGUCCGCCUGGACGCAUUUUCGGCAAAUGAUGAACAACUCGUGUGUUGUGUGCCGAAUCAACUACCCUUACUCCGUGAAUGGACUGGCAAGCGCAAGGCGCGCUGUUUUCACGCCACUGCUCGGGACUAUCACCACCUGCAAGGACCACCGCAAAGGAACGUACUGUGGCAUCUGCCUUCGCGAAUGUCCCACGGUGGAAAGUGAAGAGGAGUACACGCGGGGCCUUGCCUUCUGUUGUGUAGUGAAUGAGGACGACGAGACUUGGCCUCGAGUGGAGGCGAAUUGUCGGUCGUGCCGCAGUGAAUGGCUGUGGCGACGAGCGCAACAUACUGUGGUCGAUCGCGAAGCGCUCGGUGGUCCGAAGCUAUUGAGCGAAGACUGGGAGACACGGCAGGCGGUGGAUGCAUUCAUCGAUCUGGGUGAGGGCAAGAUUAGAGACGUCAUCGACGUUGCCCGUGACAAGUACUGGUACAAGAUGAAUACCAAGUUGAACAACAUGCUCGCAGAAGCCCUCGCCGCAUCAAGGCUGCAGCAAGGCUAUGGAAGCGAUGAGGAGCUGAGUGAGGACGAUGAAGAUGACCCGGAGCUGAUGAGCAUCACUGAAGAUGCAAACCAGCUGCGCGAAUUCGCAAUCGCUGACUAUGCGCGGAACAGGAUCUUGGAUGGACAUUGGGUCACGCCGCUCGAUAUCUGGCACAACAACGAGGGUUGCCAAGUGGUCUUGGAAGCACGACACCCAUGUCCUUGGAACCACGCAGCCAUCUGGGAUGGCGCACUUGAGGCGGGAGAGACAGAGUUUGACCCAGAGGGCGUCGAGUUGAUGCACCCCCGGCCUAAGACAGUCAAGGCAAUGCUGCCGCCAUCGCAUGACUUGUGCAAGAUGACCUAUCAGGUGCACAUUACAGUGAUGCGCGAUAUCCUCCUCCCAGCAAUGAAGAACAUCGUGCAGAGGCUCAAGGCGGACUGUGCGGCAGAUGGGCUUGACCCAUCGAUCGUUGCGGCCCGGAUGUCACUCGACGACGUCGCGGAGUCUUUACGGAAUGAGGCGGUGUGGUGCAAGGAGGUUGACUGGCAGGAGCGCGCGCGCCUGCGGGAGAAGGAUGAGGACGAGUUGUCAAUGUCAUCGCGUUCGGGCGGGUCGCGCAUGACGAGCCCGGUGCUGUCGGCGACGACAAUUCAGACGACGCCGUCGCCGCCGCCGAGUGGGAGUGCAAGCGGAAAAGAAGACGAGAGUAUGGCAUCACCGACGUCUCACGCAUCGAAUACCUCCGAAAUAGAGAAGUCAACUCACAAGUCCCCCUUACUAAUCCAUCCUAUUCCUUUCAUCCCCAUCUCUGUGUCGCAGCUGCCAGAGUUCAGCUUAGACGCGUUCCGAUACGUAUGGCGCGAGGCGAGCAGCGAGUUGUAUAGAAACUGCUUGUGCUCCGUAUGUACCCGUCAAAUGGGGAGGGCCGCUGCUUCUCAUAGCAUGGCCAUGGAGAUAACGACACCGUCGCAGCCUCAGAUCCAGGAGGUCAUGCAGAUUGAGUUAAUUGAGUCGCCAAUCGUCCGUGAGCUGCUGAGAACAGAAGAGGAAGAGGAGGAGGAAGAAGCAGAACAGGAGCAGGAACAAGAGCUCGCAGAAGAAGAGGAAGAAGAGGGCGAGUCAGAAAAGGACGACGCGUCUGUCGCGGAUGGUUCCCCUAUUCCAGUCACGCCGCCGGAUGUCUUCACCGCGAAGCUCCCUCCGCUGCUGGUCUCGCGCAAACCUGACGACGCUCUUAUCACCAAAGCCCUUCCGGUGAUAAGCUUACAGAAGCGUCCUGCCGUCGAUCCGCCUGCCACUGCCGAGAAGGUACUCAUCAAGCCUCGGCCUUCACGUAAACGCUCCUCGGAGGAGCUGGAUGAAGAGGCAUACGCCGCCAGUGGUGAGGAGGAUGAGCGUCCACGCACGCCUCCGAAGCGAUCAAGGAAGGAGGGGGCGUAUACCCCGGAGACGAUACCGUUGUCGCUGCCUACACCGCCGCGUCUGCGCAAGAGAUCAUCGGAGGAGCUCGAGGAGGAUGAGAGGAUGCCGAACCGUGAUGGACGAACCGAGAAAAGAGCAAGGAGUGAAGCGCGCUUGGAGACCCCAGUGCAUGCGUAGACCUUCAGGGGCGUUAUGCCACAGUCGUUGAAAAGGACAUGGAAUGCCUGAGCAAGUGUAUGGCGAACUGAGCUGGCAGGGGCCGCGUGGCUCCCGUGCGUCGAGGAUGUCAUGUCAGAUGCUCGCCAAGAGUCAGGGACCCGGCGUUGGAAGGAAUUAAUUUGAAGCUCCGUUGCGGAGCGAAGUUGAGCUGGACGAGUUGAACUCCGUUGUAUAUCUAAUUGUGUUUCUUUCUCUCGUCAAAGUUUGCAUAUCAGCACGAUUAUCGCGCCAUUCCUAUGCCCCUCCCCUUUCCCCAAAUCUCGCUAUUCCGAUUGCUUUCCGAGUUGCCUGAGAUCGAGACGUUGACUGAAUGCUGAUCCGGAUCGUAAAUGUAGACGACUCUUCUGUGCCAAACCGUUGCAGUAGAUCUCAAAAGGGACUUGUAUUAGCUGUACAUCACGUACAAGAAUUGAUUGGAAUUAUCAUCCCGUGUAGUACUGGCG